AUGUUAAAUAAAUCACUUUUUACUUUAGUUUUUAAUAAUUGUUAUUUGAAUAGAUUAAUAUUUGAUAGUGUUAGCUCGAUAUCAAGUCUAAAUAAUAGAUUACAUUAUAGAUGGAGUGAGGUGAUCAAUAAACCGUUGGUGUUGGCUUCACAUGGAUAUUUCGAUCUAUUAAAUCAAUGCCUUAGUAGUUUGGAUUGGAUCUUGAGUCACUAUGAAGUAUUUCAGUUGAUGAGAGCUGCCAUUAUAUCCAAGAGCAUAGAUACUGUAGGGUGUUUGAUUGACAGAUUCUAUGACGGAAGUGACGAUCUCUUUCUAAACAAAUCGUUGCAACUCUCUUCAUUUUAUGGUUGUUCCGUAGUCACUUUGUAUCUUCUCGAUCGAUUCAAGAUUCAGUGGAACUUUAAUAGUGUAAUGGAGCAUUCUAUAUGCACAGAUAAUUUCGAACAGUUGAAAUUCUUUGUUGCUCUCGCAAAUAGCAGUGGUUAUACAAGCUCUGAUGAUAACAUCCAAGCUCAUCGAGGUAUAUUUAAUUUGGCCGCUAAAACUGGUCGAAUAGACAUGAUAGAGUAUUUAUUAAUUCAUAGACCUCAAGAUUUAAAAUCAAGUGAUAUGUAUACACAUGCUAAAGAAAGAGGACAUCAACAUGUAAUAGAUUAUCUAAUCUCAAAAGGAAUUACUAAUAUAAAUAAAAAUAGCGACAGUAGUAAUAAUAAUAAUAAUAACAACCAAAGUUAA